UUCGUCGCGUUCGGUCGAUUUUCCCGGGGUAGCUGCUCUGCUUAGUUCCACUCACAGUGGUAGUAGUCGCAGAUCGGUUUCUUGAGUGUUCGUUUCUUGGUGUUGAUCAUCUUAGUUGAAUCCGUUUCUCACUAUUUCCAUAACUAUUGGUAUCGCAUACAUAGUACGACAAAAGUCACCGUGGGCAAGAGGUUUGAUUCAAUUCAGCGCCAAUCGACGUGCCUCUCGGAACUGAAGUGAAUGGUGCCUACAUGUAGUUAAACUACAUACCAUGUUAAUGUGCUACUAGGAAGAGUUUUUGUUCUCCGCUGCCAGCAGCAGAGUAGCGACGCAUGGCAGGGAGCCGUUUCCCAUCGGCGCGCGACUGUCGCUGCUUCUGCGAGCAUGAUCUUGAAGGUCGCCACACCGAUUUACUGCAUGACUGACGACGCCCGUCGACGACCGGUUGCUGUUGAACCGUAGAGUGACUUCAAAUGAGAGACUACGCCUAAGCAGUGUGUUGUUGCUUCGGUUGCUGCUCAUGCUGAUCAAUGUGCAAAGUGGUGGUGUUAUUAUAUGAAAGUAAUACGGAUAAAAAGUGAAUUAACGAUAGAGUAGAAGGAAGGAAAAUACCAGCAGGAAACUGGCUAAUUGUGCGGACGGUGACGGCAACGGAGUGUCUUGAAUUGGUCGUACAAGAUGCUCGGACGACAAGCUGUGGGUUUGUUGGGAGCAAUCGUUUUCAUCCUUAUCGGUGUACUGAGGUUCACCAGUGCUGAGUAUAUUCCACCAGGACCCAAGUAUACAUGCCCGGAAAAACCCAAACUCAUCUACCCAUGCGUAUGCACUCGAGGGACGGAUGAUGGAAUCUUCAUCAACUGUGAAAACUCCAACCUGGCCAGCCUGUCGGUGGCGUUUAUCAAUCUGGCCAACCUGAAUGUGCCCAUCGAAGAGCUACAUCUGAAGCGGUGCAAGAUCAGAAAUCUCUUCGGAACUCUACUUCACAAACUGAGUGUGAAACGAUUGUACGUGCUUGAUACCCCGAUUGUCACUAUCAGAGACCAUGCAUUUUACGGAAUCAACGAUACGCUAAUGGAGUUGCACUUGAUAAAAAGUGAGUUGACGGCCUUUCCCGGAGAUGCACUUAAAAUUCUGGGGCAAUUAAAAGUGCUGAACAUCGAUGGACACCAGAUUGAGAACUUACCCAAGGGUGUGUUCGGCGGGAUGACCUUCGAUGGCUCCUUAGAGAAGUUCCAUUUCGUCAAUGGACUGUUAAGCGAAAUGGGUCAGGAAAUUUUCAUGUCCUUCAAAAAGAUCAGAACCUUGGAUAUUAGCGGAAAUCGGUUGGUGAGCUUGAAAAAGGGACAAUUUAAAGGCCUUCGAGAAGCGGAAAUCUUGGAUCUGAGUCAUAACAAUCUUACCAAGCUGGAUGCGUCGCACGUAUCCGACCUCACCAAAAUGACCUGGAUCAAUGUUUCGCACAAUGCUCUGACGGAGAUUACGAGAGGCACCUUCGCUCGUAAUGCGGUGCUACGGGUGUUGAACAUGGCACACAACAGCAUUAGGAAGAUCGACUCAAACACUUUCAGAGGGAUGAGGUUCCUGCGGCGGUUGUACCUGAACGACAACAUGAUUUCCGACGUUGGACGGGGAACGUUUGGAUCGGUUACGAGGAUUGGAACAAUUGACUUGGCCCGGAAUCGAAUCAAGAAGGUUGACUACCAGAUGUUCUACCAGUUGAACUAUGUUGAGAUUGUCAACCUGGCUGAGAACGAGAUUGUAGAAAUACAGAAAGAUUCCUUCAAGGAUCUUUAUCUAACACACAUAAAUAUAUCACACAACCGAUUGGAAUCCAUAGAAUCGAAAUCCUUUAUUAACUGUGCGAACAUGACUGUGCUAGAUUUCUCCCACAAUUUGAUAAAAUCCAUUCCUCGUAAUGCUUUCGACGAAACAACAUACGCUUCUGAAUGGAUUCUGACACACAAUCUUCUUACGAACAUGUCACAGAUUCCACUUUCUAACAUGACAGGCCUACGAGUUUUGAACGCUUCAUACAAUAACAUCAUAGAUAUUCCAAAGAAUACUUUUCCCAAACUCUACGAACUUCAUACAAUCGAUGUUGCGCACAACAACAUCUCCCACAUUUACAAUGCUGUUUUCCAAAACCUAUUUUCUUUGCGAAUACUGAACCUUAGUAACAAUGCGUUGGAGAAGAUAGGCCCCUCCACUUUCGGAACCCUGCAUACAAUGCUUGAGAUGGACUUGAGCAACAACUACCUCAAAGACAUUACCCGUGGAGCCCUUGCCAAAAUUAGCGGACUACGAGUCCUCACCAUGGCCCACAACAAACUGGAAAAAAUCUUCCAAAUUCCGAUCUCACUAAACCACCUCAAUCUAGCAUAUAAUGAAAUAAGUGAAAUUCCGGACAAAACGUGGCCCACCAUGAACUCACUGCUCUCGAUCGAUCUCAGUUACAACAAACUUCAAAACAACCUGCAGCGCGGAAGCUUCUCCGGUCUGCUCACACUCCAGCACCUGAACCUUGAGGCCAACGAAAUAUCCGAAAUUCCUCGCGAUAGUCUUGCCGACGUUGGAACCUUGCAGUAUCUCUAUAUGAGAGACAAUAACGUCACAACUCUCCCGAAAGCGGCCUUCGGCAACCUUCCAAUUCUGUUCGAAGUACAGAUUAUGAACAACGGAUUAAACCAUGUUAGUGAACGAGCUUUUGAUGGCCUCUUGCAACUAUUGAAUUUAAACAUGUCGAACAACUUGUUGAGAUCGAUUCCCAAUGAUGCUUUCCAUGGGUUGGUUUCCCUACGGAAGUUGGACGUCUCCUACAAUCUGCUGAGCACUUUGGAUAACAAAACCAAUGGAUUACUGGACGACUGUUUAAGUUUAGAAGACGUAAAUCUAAGCCACAACCGUUUCAGUUUCAUAACUAAAAAGACAUUCCCCUCCAACCCGUACAUUCCCUAUCGACUGAAGAAGAUCAAUCUGAGUUACAACACAAUGUCGAUCGUGACGAACGACUUGAAGGUGGGCACCAAAACGGUGACGGAUCUGGAUUUGUCGCACAAUAACAUCAAGGACAUCCGUCAGGGAGUGCUCGGAAACUUGACAUCAUUGCGCUCGCUGGACAUGUCCCACAACGAGCUUGUUAAGCUCGAGAGCAACAUUUUCAACAUGCCGGAAAACUUCUCCGCACUGAGUGUGCACAACAAUAAGAUAAGGAAUGUCAGCUACGAUAGCUUACUGAAGCUAAAGCAUUUGACGAUGUUGGAUUUGCGCGGCAAUGAAAUACGGGCUUUUCAGUCUGAAGUGGUGGACAAAAUAAAGACGUCUAAUUUGAAGGUGCUGUUCGAAGGUAAUCCUCUACAAUGCGAUUGCUAUACUCGUCCUAUGUUCAACUACUUACGAUCAUUGCCAUCAGUCCCAGAAGAGUAUCAGAAUAUCCGCUGUGCUGAGCCAGCCACCGUUUCCGGUACAUCGUUAUCCAACGUCAGUGAUGAACUCCUCGUUUGUGUCCCUGCGUCCGAUAAGGAAAUAUAUAAGUCACUGCCCGAUCUACGAUUCCGCGAAGUCUCUUACUUCCGUGGUCAACUGAUUGUUCAUUGGUAUGUAGCCACCACGAAGGACAUUGGUGACUUCUACGUUUACAUUCGAGACCAACAGAACAAUAUCAUAUUCGAGCGGGUAGUGUCCUACAGUAGUCGUCUGACGGCGAUAAAGGGCGUUGACAUCAAGUCGCCGAGUUCGUCCCUUUUGGAGCUAUGUGUGUUGGCCAAGAGCAGUAGCGAAGAGAUCAACUUCCUUGACACACAGUGCGUACCAUUACCGGAGGAUCUCGAUGCCGUGAAGCAGAAGUACAACGAACAAUACAACUAUAAACUGCCACUAAGUUUGACGGGGGAGCGAAGUGGACGCUCCAGUAGCUGUGAUAAUGCUGUAAAUAGAUUAGUGAUAUUAGUAAGUCUGAUACUCGUCGGAUCAACGUUCAGAUGGGUACGAUGAAAGAAUCGUGGGGUAAAAGUAGAAAAUACAAUAAAACUAAAUUGUUAAUAUAUGUAAUAAUUAUCUGUAAGGAAUUUCUGUAGAAAAUACAAAAAUCAUAUUUAUUAGAAAAUCUAA